AUGCGCUCUCAAAUCGUCAACCGGCUCCGCAGCAACUCUACUCCUUUGAACUCAGUACCCCCUGCAUCUACAUCGAAUGACUACUCGACUGAUCUCGCCAAUCUCGCAGCUCGCAUCAUCUACCGUUCCCCUCUACCUUCACAGAACGAUCUUCCUGUCUUCAUACUGAAUGGCGGCGCUUUCCCGGACGCCAAAACAACUGACUACGAUGUCCUGCUCCCCUACGUGCUAUCUAGACUACCGGACGAUGAAGAGCUGAUUGGUGGGCAUGGCUACGAAGUGGUCUUCUUUGCAGGAAUUGGGGGCAAUGCAACCAAGCAAACCAAGAAGGCAAAACCUAGUUGGCAAUGGUUUAUGCAAGCAUAUCAUAUGUUGACGAGGGCGAAAAGGAAGAGGUUGCAAAAGCUCUACAUUGUGCAUGACAAGAACUUCAUCAGGCUGUUGAUCGAAUUCUUCGCUUCGGUCGUCUCCCCAAAGUUCAGGAAGAAAGUCAUCAGUGUCUCCACAUUGAGCGGGCUGGCUCUGCAGAUUCCAAUCGAGGACUUGUUGAUUCCUCCAUCUGCCUAUUUGACCGACCGUCGGAAGUCUUCUGACAUCUACGCGCCAUACGCAAGUGGGCGGAGAGCUUUUGGCGUCCAGAAUUUUCUCCCCGCCUCCGCGGAUGGGUCAGUCAGACUGCCAAGGGUAUUACGAGAAACCACAAGCUUUGUCAUCAUGGACGAUAACAUCAAGGCCGAGGGUAUCUUCCGUGUCAGUGCUCGGGCUCAGACUGUAGAGAUUUUGAAGGAAGCCUACGAUCGAGGUCAAAAGUUCAUCGUAUGGAAACAAGUUGACACGGCCGUAGCAUCUAGCUACUACAGAGAAGGCCUUGGACAUGUCUGGGUAGAGGAGCUAGACCAGGCCGAAGGCUAUGAACUUCAUGUCGCGGCAGUCUUGAUCAAGCUUUGGUAUGUCUUGGGAAUAUCAAUCCUCUAG